GGGGAAUCCAGCCUCGCUCUCCUGCUCACGGAUAGAUGCACAUACGUGCACCCGCGCUCACUAGAUAACGACCGGAGCGCGAGCAGAAAAAGCCCAGACGAAAAGAGUGCCGGGAGCGGCGUGUGGAGCAUCCUCUGUUCCUCGCGCGGGAGCAGGGGGCUCAGAGAGGCCAUGGAGCACGGAGGACUACUGGGGCCGCAUCUGCAGCAGCACGCGCACGUGGAGCCGAUCAGCUUCGGCAUCGAUCAGAUCCUCAGCUCCGUGGAGCAGAGCUGCAUGCUGGGCUCCAGGAUGCACGAGCCGGACUACGGACACCUUGCUUACAACAGCGGCCCGAGCGGCGGCGUGAAUGGCGGCUUGACGUGCGCUAACGGCGGAUACAGCGGAACCAGCAGCUCGUGCGGGGUGACCCCCCUCGGCGGAGCUUAUCACGUGAACAUGGCCGUGAACAUGAACGGCACAAAUAUGAAUCCUGCCGGGGUCAUCCGGGUCCCCGCUCACCGGCCUCUGAGCGCCGGGAGCUCGUCUCUACCGCCCGUGAGCGGUAGCAUCAACAACCUGACCGCGCUCACGUUCCCCUGGAUGGAGAGCAACCGGCGGUACACCAAAGACAGGUUCACAGUGUCCAUCUCACCCCUCACUGUGACACGCCGUGUAGGUCACCCCUACCAGAACCGCACGCCUCCUAAGAAGAAGAAGCCUCGGACGUCGUUCACCAGGCUGCAGAUUUGCGAGCUGGAGAAGCGCUUCCACCGGCAAAAGUACCUGGCCUCCGCUGAGAGGGCCGCGCUGGCCAAAGCCCUGAAGAUGACCGACGCUCAGGUCAAAACCUGGUUCCAAAACAGACGCACCAAAUGGAGGCGGCAGACGGCGGAGGAGCGGGAGGCGGAGCGGCAGCAGGCCAACAGGAUUCUCAUGCAGCUGCAGCAGGAGGCCUUCCAGAAGACCAUCAACCAGCCGGUGACCCCGGACCCGCUGUGCCUGCAGAACAGCUCUCUGUUUGCCCUGCAGAACCUGCAGCCCUGGACCGAAAACACCGCAAAAAUCAGCAGCGUUUCAGCCUGCGAGUAGAACCGACACACACACUCACGGCCUCCAGCUCGGCCUGGUAGUAACUGCUUGAUGGCAGAGAUUCUGAGCUUCGUUCAGAGCGGGCUUCGGUGACGGCGCUGUUUCAUAAAUGUCAGGUCACGGUCCCUGUUGUUCUGCUUAUUACCCACCUUCUGUCUGACAGACACUUCAGCUGGGCUCCGUCAGAAUUAUUACAUCUAAUGGGGAACACAGUCUGGAGAGAAUCUGUGCUUCAGCCCGCAGACAGCAGGCUGCAGGGCUAGUGGAAGUCAUUUGGAGGCAUUAUGAUGAACAGUGUGCUUCAGAGAGCAAGGGUAGACAUGCACCAGUAUGUUGUUGUAUUAUAAUUUACCUAUAAGGGACUUGAUAUUUCAAAAACAGCAUAUUUUCGUAUUUGAUGUCUCACAAAAAGAAUAUGUCUCUGCCAUCAGCUGUCGGUAUUUAUCUCCUAUGUUUAAUAGACCUAACUGCAAAAUACAGAGCACUUGUUUUUACACCUUUGUAUGAAUUAAAAUAAAUAACCUGACAGAAAGAACAGAAGUCCUUGAGAUGAAUAAGUCAUACUUUAGGGAUACAUUAAAUUGUCAAAGGCAUCUGAUUCAAAGAAAAAAAGUCUAACAUUGCAGCUGGCAAUAACCACUCUUUUGAUCGCAGUUAAGUCACAUUUUCUUGGAUUCUUACUUUUGUAUAAAUAUUUUACACACCGUUUCUUCUAUUUCACUCUCACCACUGUGAGCCUGAGAUCAACAAGCUGAUGAAUGAGAAAGAGUAGUCAUAGCAUUUAGUUUCUUUUUCUCAUUGUUCGCUAUUGCAGUGUGUGUUUGUGUAAUGAUCUGGACUUACAGGCUCUUCUACCUUAGUGGUGCUCAAAGCGCUUUAGAGUGGCGACAGAUACACACCAUGGUCACCGAGCUGCCAUGCAGCUGGGUGUGUGUGUGCGCGCGUGUGUGUGUGUGUGUGUGUGCGUGUGUGCAUGUAAAAAUGGAUAAAAUCCAAAACAUAUUCAACAUGAUUUUUCUUCCUGUGGGAUUACAUUUUUACCUGAUGUACAUUUUAUGCCACUAAUGUAUUUUAUCAUUUACAGUAAAUUUGACAAACAAGUCCAGAUGUUCUAGGUGCCAUCAUGUCUUAAGAUAAGAUGAAAAUAAACUUGAUUCUUAUUGAUUCA